AUGAACAACAUCCCUGCAGUCAAAGAAGCUAAACGUCUCGGGACUGUUAAGAUAGUGUCAUAUGAAUGGUUGGAGGAUUCUCUACUUUCCCGUAAUCGAACACCAAAACGGGAAAAGGCAUGUCUCAUCGAGAAUAUCCUGAAAGAGGAAAGAAGAACAGCAAAGGAGGAAGCUAGGAAGACCCUAAAGCAGCAGGGCAGGUCUACGAAAAAGUCUGCAAGCAAGCGUACAAGUAUGCUCUCUCUCAAUAUAUAUACAUAUCAUCUCCCAAACAGGGCUCACAUUAUGAUGUUAGGAAAAUUAAACGCAAAAAGCCCUUCAGGUACCAACCGAGGGAAGAAAUCUGGACCCACUACAUCGGAGCGUCAUGUUUACACGGACAUGACAGCUCGUCAGACAUACAAAGCAACGCUUGUCCGACAGACAAUCUCGAAACGUAAAGAGAAAUUUCAGCUUACGAUCUACGAAUCCAAUGGUGAACCGUGUACAUAUGAAACCGAAUGCAGAUACAGCCGUGUUGGUAAAUCAAGCUCUCAGAUUCUUGCUCCCACCGGAAGCAGCUUGGACACGGCCCUGACAGCAUUUGAACGCUUUUUCGAAGAAUAUACGGGAAAGAGCUGGGCGUUACGUGAGGACGGAAUCCUGCCACAGCCGAAGAGAGAUGACGAAGAUAACCUCCUACCUCAGCAUGAGGGCUGGUAUAUCUACGAAGCCACCACGAAUAUAUUUGUCGAUUUCAUCCAGAACGGCUCGGCCAGCAGCGCCAAUAUAUUUGGAAAUUAA